AUGAACACCAGUGAAGCCGCCGCCUGGUCCGACGACGACGCGGAGCGGGCAAAGAUCGAGAACCGCGGGCUCAGCACUACCAAGUACGUCCGCGGAAGCCGUCUGGGACUCGGCGGCUCCAGCGUCGUGUACAAGACGCUGCGCGUCAGCGACGGCAAAGUGCUUGCCGGGAAGUCGUCCAAAGCACCCAAGGGCCUGAAGAGGGAGGCGGGCAUUCUCAGGCUCCUGCAACAUGAGCACAUUGUGGUGUUCGUCGAACUGUACCACGACCCCGUCUGUCCGGUGUCCGGCCUGCUCCUGAUGGAGCUUUGCCCUCACGGCACGCUCCAGACGCGGAUUGACCGAGCGGCGCCUCACAUGGCGCGGGGAGAGGUGCUCAGCGUGGUGCGGCAGAUUGCGCGGGCUCUGGCGUACAUGCACGCGCGGGGGAUGUACCACUCGGAUGUGAAGCCGCGCAAUGUGCUCAUACGAGACUUUGACCCUGUUCACGUCGUGCUGGCGGACUGCGCGGACGUCAGGAUGCUGGGGCAGCCGGGCGAGUUGAAGGGAACGCCGGCGUAUUGGUCGCCGGAGAUGAAGGCGAGGAGGGCGCAUUGUGGUCCUGCCGACGACAUGUGGGCUUUGGGGGUGACGCUUCUGGGCAUGGUUGGGCAGUGGCCGCAGAUGGUGUAUACCGUGAUGGAUCUGGAGGUCUAUCCGAGGAGGUGCUUUGAGCAUGCGUGCAGGCUGGGGGAGCUGAAUCCGGGCGUGGGAAUUGUGAGCUUGUUGACGGGAUUGUUGGCCUGGGAGGCGGAGGAGAGGAUGAGGGCUGACGAGUGUGUGCUUGCGGUGGAGGAGUUGGGAGCGGCGGAAGGAGGAGAGGAGCUUGGGAUCAGGUCGCCCGAGGCAUUUCGGCCCAUGUUGUUUUGGUGA